AUGCUUGAUAUCAUUCUUCUGACAGUGCUCCUUGUACGCCUUCUGUUUUGGGGCACGAGACCGGCCAAAUCUGCUGAAAGUCGUGCUUUGGUGGUUGUCAAGAAAGAGCUGCCCAUUGUUCCCAGGCCCAGCAACCCCCUCAACGUCCUCCCGAACGAGCUUUUGAUGGAUAUUGCCGAUUUUCUCAACCCUGUCGAUAGAGCCUGCUUCACUUAUACUGACCGGCGGGCAUACUUCUGCAUCGGCAGAGCGUUGAGGUUCACCUCUUCAACAGCCAAGGUGGAGUUUCUCACUCGCCUCGACCGGGAGGGAUUCUUGCCUUUCGACAUUCUCUGCCACGAGUGCACCAUGUUUCACCCUCCAAGGACCAAUAGUAUGUGGAACGAGGUUGAAGGCAGAAGGGCAUGUAUCCGUGAUGGCAACUCAGAAGUCAUCCAGCAGGGAUACCUCGACUCCCCUUUUCUCCCCUACCAUGUCUUUUUCGACAUUGUCGCUGCCGUUUGUCGGUCAUUCAGGCUCAAGACGGGCAAUUACAUUGUCAAUUGUCUUGCUGAUCGACAAGUGUACAAGACUGAAGGUGCCAAGAUUUCGAGCAGGACGUCGGCACGAAUCUGCGAGGGUCGACUCAUUCUCAAGACAGAGAAUGUUCUGCUUCUCCAGCCUGGCCCCGAUCUCUCGCGAAACGUGGAAAAGCUCAAUGAGCUGCUCUAUGAGAAUUGGUGGUUGACCGGAGUAUGCGGGCACGUCAGCUGGGAUAUGAUCUGGCCCUAUAUCUUCAACCCAGAGGAAGAGCCUGACGUGGACAUUUACAACCGCGUUUUGAGCAAAGAUACUACGACUCUCCCGGUUCUCGACGGCUGGGAUAUCUGCAGUUGUGUCUGGCAGGGCGACAUUACAUGUUGGACUGUCGAUGUCAUAAGCCCGUGGGCCGAGUGGCAUUCAGAUGAACUUUGGACGUGCGGGAAAUGCUCUACCAACUUCAAGAUUAGUGUCGUUCGCACGCCGCCAGACCAUCCACGAGCCAACGCCAUAGUGUUCACCUCGUGGAAGGACCUUGGUAGCGGCGUGAGCUUGUCGGAUGAGAGCUGGAGGGGGCACAUGGAUACCUUUGAUACCGUGGACGAUGAGUAUCCCCCAGCGACACGGCGGAACUGGGCGGCAGAGUUGUUUGAGGGUAUUGAGGGACUGGGUACACGUUUUACUUAUAUGCCGGAUUUGGGCGAGGUCUUCGAUGAGUUAGACGAGAUUGAUGAUGACUGA